GGAGGAUUUCUUUUAACUCAGUUACAAACCUUGGUGAAGGAAACAAGUUGCCGCUGUAGCGGAGGCAGACAAGCGCCUCUGCUAGGGAGAGCGCGGCUCCCGCUUUCACCUUCCCAGAGCUACCUCGGAUGCUCCGCCUGGCUUACGGAGGAGACCUGUGCUGCCUGUGGGGGGAACGCCACUGCUCGGGAUGCUGCUGCUUCUGCGAAAACAAGGGUUGUAAGGGAAUGAGAGGGAAGACAAUGAGGAAAAACCGACGGGGAGAAAACCUCAGCCCCGAGCAUUUUCCCGAGAACUGACGGUGUUUUGGGGCCGAGCGAUCCCAUCAGAGGCGGCGGAGAGAGCUGCCUGCCCGCUCCGCAGGGGACUGCCCGGGACCGGCUAUUCCCUUCGGAUGAGGACUGGCAAACCUCUGGGAAAUUCUCCCGCCGCUCUGCGAAGCCACCAUGAAUUCAGUGGCUGGAAAUAAAGAGAGGAUCGCGGUCACGGCGCGGAGCAGAAAAUACGGGGUGACCGACCCCUGCUCCCCCACCAAGUCCGCCGCCCCCUUCUCCCCCGAGAGCUGGUACCGGAAGGCGUACGAGGAGUCCCGGUCUGGGAGUCGCCCAGCGCCGGAGGGAGCCGGGUCUGCCCUGGGCUCCUCCGGCACGCCGUCCCCCGGCUCCGGCACCUCCUCGCCGGGCUCCUUCACCGGCUCUCCAGGACCCGCCUCGCCUGGCAUCGGCACCAGCUCCCCUGGCUCCCUGGGCGGCUCGCCGGGCUUCGGCACCGGCUCACCGGGCUCCGGCAGCGGCGGCGGCUCCUCGCCGGGCUCGGACCGCGGCGUCUGGUGCGAGCACUGCAACGCCCGCCUGGCGGAGCUGAAGAGGCAGGCACUGAAGCUCCUCAUCCCCGGGCCAGUCAGCAGCAAGGACCCAAGUUUCUCUUCAGUGAUUCAUGACAAGCUCCAAGUUCCUAACACCAUUCGCAAGGCAUGGAAUGAGAAGGACAACAGAUGUGAUGUUUGUGCCACACACCUGAACCAGUUGAAGCAAGAGGCCAUUCAGAUGGUGUUGACCUUAGAGCAAGCUGCCAAUUCAGAACAUUACGAUGCCUCACCAGGCUCUCCCCCACCUCUCUCCAACAUCCCAACAUUAGUGAGUCCCCGGCACAUGGGCAGCCUGCCGCCCAGGGACUGGGCAUACGUGCCUGCUCCUUAUGCUACAUCUAAUUAUACAGGCUUUAUUGCCAAUAAACACAGUGGAAAACCCAGCACUCUAGGAAUUGUCAAUGGGGUGGAGAAGAAAAAUGGCUCUCCUGGACACCAAGCCAAGGUCAGCUUUCAGAUGGCCACCAGCCCCAGCAAUGGUAAUGUUCUAAACUCUGUGGCUAUCCAGGCUCAUCAGUACCUUGAUGGCACCUGGUCUUUGUCAAGAACAAAUGGCGUCACUCUAUAUCCUUACCAAAUAUCUCAGCUUAUGACAGAGACUAGUCGAGAGGGCCUGACUGAAGCCGCAUUGAACCGCUACAAUGCAGAUAAACCUUCCUUGUACAGCUUCCCUGCUUCCCAGAGCACAUGUGUUGCCAGUGAAGUAUCCACAGGCACCUCGGUGGCAGCAUCAUUUUUUGCCAGAGCUGCUCAGAAAUUGAACCUGUCUUCCAAAAAGAAGAAGCACAGGCCUUCUGCAUCAUCUGUUCCUGAAUCUCCUCUCUUCCCUACCAGCUUCAGCAGUAUACUUCAGACUUCCCAACCCCCUGCACCACCAUGUUUAUUGAGGGCAGUCAGCAAAGUGAAAGACACCCCUGGUUUGGGCAAGGUCAAAGUCAUGGUGCGCAUUUCUUCCACGCUUGCCAGAGACACAUCUGAGUCCAGCUCUUUCUUAAAAGUUGACCCCCGCAAGAAGCAAAUCACACUGUAUGACCCAUUGGCCUGUGGAGGUCAGAACACUUUCCAGAAAAGGGGCAACCAGGUUCCACCCAAGAUGUUUGCUUUUGAUGCAGUUUUCCCCCAAGAUGCAUCACAGGCUGAAGUGUGUGCUGGGACUGUGGCUGAAGUGAUCCAGUCUGUGGUCAAUGGGGCAGACGGCUGUGUGUUCUGUUUUGGCCAUGCCAAGCUUGGGAAGUCGUACACCAUGAUUGGGAAGGAUGACUCCAUGCAAAACCUUGGCAUAAUCCCUUGUGCCAUCUCCUGGCUCUUCAAGCUGAUUAAUGAACGCAAAGAGAAGACAGGAGCCCGCUUCUCAGUCCGAAUUUCUGCAGUUGAAGUGUGGGGGAAAGAUGAAAAUCUGAGAGACCUGUUGUCAGAAGUGGCUACAGGCAGCCUGCAAGAUGGCCAGUCCCCAGGUGUCUACCUUUGUGAAGACCCCAUUUGUGGCAUGCAGCUUCAGAAUCAGAGCGAGCUCCGUGCCCCGACAGCUGAGAAAGCUGCCUUCUUCCUUGAUGCUGCCAUUGCUUCACGUCGCAGCAGCCAGCGGGACUGCGAUGAGGAGGAUCACCGCAACUCUCACAUGCUCUUCACUCUGCACAUCUACCAGUACCGCAUGGAGAAGAGCGGCAAAGGCGGAAUGUCUGGAGGUCGCAGCCGCUUGCACCUUAUCGACCUGGGUAGCUGUGUUAAAGUGCUCAGCAAAAACCGGGAAGGAAGCUCUGGCCUCUGUCUCUCAUUGUCAGCACUGGGCAAUGUCAUCCUCGCCCUUGUCAAUGGAAGCAAACACAUCCCAUACAAAGACAGCAAGCUCACCAUGUUGCUUCGGGAGUCCUUGGGGAACAUGAACUGCCGCACCACAAUGAUAGCUCACAUUUCAGCCGCUGCGGGGAACUAUGCUGAGACACUGUCCACCAUUCAGAUUGCGUCAAGGGUCCUCAGGAUGAAGAAAAAGAAAACUAAGUACACUUCGAGUUCUUCUGGAGGAGAGAGCUCCUGCGAGGAGGGCAGGAUGAGGAGGCCAACCCAGCUGAGGCCUUUCCAUUCUAGAAACACUGUUGACCCAGACUUCCCUAUUUUGCAUUUAUCAAAUGAUCCUGAUUAUUCUUCCAGCAGUGAGCAGUCAUGUGACACAGUGAUUUAUGUUGGCCCCAAUGGCACUGCCCUUUCUGAUAAGGAACUGACGGAUAAUGAGGGUCCCCCUGACUUUGUUCCAAUAGUUCCUGCUCUGCAAAAGACAAAAAAUGAGGGCAGGUUAGAAGGAGUUAGUGAAUCAGGGCCCAGCACAUCUGAAAGAGACUGCUUGAAGUGCAACACCUUUGCAGAGCUCCAGGAGAGGCUGGACUGCAUAGAUGGCAGUGAAGAGACCGACAAAUUUCCCUUUGAAGAGAUGCCUGCUCAAUUUAGCUCAGACCAGAAGUCAAAGUGCUCUGUCUCAAGCCAGCUGGCAGAGCUUAGCCACUUACCAGAACCAGAUAAGGAAGAUUCGAUGCCAGAAUGUCAGUAUCCUGAUAGAGUAGUCAAAGAAAAUAUAAAUGCAACACCCAGCAGAACUAAGAGAAAUCACUCCCCUGUUCCUUCUGGAGCUCUUACUAAUGUUUCAACUCCUUCUUCUCCCAGGAGUGUAACAGGCAGCUCUAGUAAAGAGCUUAGUUCUUGUCAGUUAGCACACAGCACCAGCUUGCAGAGCAGCAGAGAAGGUCUCAACACCUGUGGAUUUGUGGAAGGCAAACCUCGGCCAAUGGGUUCUCCCCGGCUUGGCAUUGCGAGCCUCUCCAAGACAUCUGAGUACAAGCCACCAACCUCUCCUUCCCAAAGGUGCAAGGUCUAUACACAGAAAGGAGUUCUGCCCAGCUCCACUCCUCCACCAGCUCCUCUGAGUAAGCAUACUGGGAUGAUGUCUAAUGAAUCUUUAUUGCAGUCAGAAAUCCGGACCCCACCUGUAGGCAUGAGCCCUCAGAUCAUGAAGAAGUCAGUGUCCUCCAGCAGUGGGGAUUUUGAAGAUACCAUUCUUGAUGAAGAUCAGCAUCAAAGCAUUUCUGCAGAAUCCAAGAAGGAGAUUCUGAGCACCACUAUGGUGACUGUGCAGCAGCCGUUAGAGCUGAAUGGAGAGGAUGAGCUGGUGUUCACCCUUGUAGAAGAGCUAACCAUUAGUGGGGUCCUUGACAAUGGGCGCCCAACCAGUAUCAUCAGUUUUAACAGUGACUGCUCUGUGCAAGCUUUGGCCUCUGGAUCUAGGCCAGUCAGUAUUAUUAGCAGCAUAUCUGAAGAUCUUGAAUGUUAUUCCAGUGCGGCUCCUGUGUCUGAAGUCAGUAUCACACAGUUUCUUCCACUUCCAAAAUUGGGCCUGGAUGAUAAACCCCAAGAUGAUGGCAGCAGACGUUCAUCCAUCAGCUCAUGGUUGAGUGAAAUGAGCACAGGGAGCGAUGGUGAACAGUCAUGCCACAGCUUCAUAGCCCAGGCAUGCUAUGGACACGGAGAAGCAAUGGCAGAACCCCCUGUCUCUGAGUUUGCGAGCACCAUACAAAGUGCCAGUAUGAUUUGUUUAAGUGACAAACAGAAGCCUGUGACUGACAACAUGCUUAUACUGUCAGAAAUGGGGGAGGAAGCUUUCGGCAAAGUGCCACCCGUCAAAGGCUGUAAAAUAUCAGCUCUAGGGAAAACUACUGUCACAAUCAAAAAUACUGCAAGCCUCAGCAGCUGUGAAGGCUACAUCCCUAUGAAGACAAACAUUACUGUGUAUCCAUGUAUUGCUGUUAGUCCCUUCAAAGCACAAGACACUGAUGACACUGUUCCAGCAGUAACUGUAGACUCAAAGGUUGCUCAUCCCCCUGACAGGAGAGAAUCCAGUGCUAAGAAGGAUAUAAAAUUUGAAGAUCCUUGGUUGAAGAGAGAAGAAGAUGUAAAGAAGGACUGCUCUGGGAGCAGUGAUGGGCCAAGGCCUGACAUGGCCACAGUUUCAGCCAAGGCUGAGCACAGCACAAAUCAGUCCUCAGUGGACAGGUUUAGCAGCAGCAGUGGGGACACCUCUAUCUCCCCAGGAUCUGACAGUCUAAAGAGGAUUGUGGAUGGAUGUGAGGUGGCAGUGUCUGGCUCAGCAACCCAAAGCCCUGUUCAUUCCAGUGAUAGCCUGAAGAGUGAUAGCCUCCCUCGAGGGCUCCCAAAGGCAAGCAAGCUGGAGGAGCCUGACAGUCACCUUCUUCCUGCUGCCACUGACAGCAGUGGAGGCGGCUCUCCUGCCCUCCCCCAAUUUUCUAAGGCUAGCCUUGACAGGAAAAUGGUCUCUCCCAAACACUGUGUUCUCACUCGUCCCAAAGGAACCCCUCCUCUGCCACCAGUCAGAAAAUCAAGCUUGGAUCAGAAGAACAGAGCGAGCCCCCAGCACAGCGCAGCCAGCAGCACCACAAGCAGUCCCUCCAGCCAGCCUGGGUCCUUCCUGGCUACCUUCCCUGAGGAGCUGAAUGCCAAACAGAAAGGCCCUGGUAUUGACAGCAACUGUGGCAACAGCAGCAGCAAGCUCUUCAGUGCCAAAUUGGAGCAGCUCGCCAGCAGGACCAACUCCCUUGGGAGGUCCACAGGAAGCCACUAUGAGUGUUUGUCACUGGAAAGAGCAGAAAGCCUGUCCUCUGUGAGCUCCAAAAUGAGCCCUGGCAAAGACACCACCAUGCCUCGCACUGGGAGGAGCCUCAGCCGUAGCGUCAUGUCCUCACCCACCAACUCGGGCCUCUCCCAGUCGGCAGGUGCCUCUCCAAAGGCCAGCCAGUCAAAGAUCUCUGCCGUCAGCAAGCUUCUGCUGGCAAGUCCUAAGGCCCGCAGCCUGUCUGCCUCUGCCACCAAAACUCUCAGCUUCUCAACCAAGUCGCUGCCUCAGUCCGUAGGGCAGAGCUCCAGUUUGCCUCCAAGUGGGAAGAACAUGUCCUGGUCAAUGCAGUCCCUCAGCAGAAACCGGGGCUCCAGCCUCGCUUCUAAGUUGCCCCUUCGGGCUGUCAAUGGGCGGAUUUCGGAGCUGCUCCAAGGGAGUGCCAGUGCCAGAGGCUUACAGCUGCGGGGAAGCCCAGAAGCAGAUGAGCGUGGGGGCCUUCCUGGAGACGAUAAGCCAGCUGUUCACAUACUGCCUUCACCUUACAGCAAGAUCACCCCUCCUCGGAAGCCUCACCGCUGCAGCAGUGGCCACGGGAGUGACAACAGCAGUGUCCUGAGCGGCGAGCUGCCCCCUGCCAUGGGCAAAACUGCCCUCUUCUAUCACAGUGGGGGGAGCAGUGGCUAUGAGAGCAUGAUGAGGGACAGUGAGGCAACGGGGAGUGGCUCUUCAGCACAAGACUCCAUGAGUGAGAACAGCAGCUCCAUGAGUGGCAGGUGCCGAAGUCUCAAAAAUCCAAAGAAACGAUCAAAUGCAGGUUCACAGAGACGGAGGCUUAUUCCAGCUUUAUCACUUGAUACCACUUCCCCAGCAAGGAAGCCUGCCAACAGCCCUGGGGUCCGCUGGGUUGAUGGGCCCCUGCGAAGUGGGCAGAGGGGGCUGGGGGAGCCCUUUGAGAUCAAAGUCUAUGAAAUAGAUGAUGUGGAGAGACUGCAGCGACGAAGAGGUGUGGGCAGCAAGGAGCUGGUAUGUUUCAAUGCCAAGCUGAAAAUCCUGGAGCAUCGCCAACAGAGAAUUGCUGAGGUCAAGGCCAAGUAUGAGUGGUUAAUGAGAGAACUGGAGGUGACCAAACAGUACCUGAUGCUGGAUCCUAAUAAAUGGCUCAGUGAAUUUGAUCUGGAGCAGGUAUUUGAGCUGGAUUCUUUGGAAUACCUGGAGGCCCUGGAAUGUGUGACUGAGCGUUUGGAAAAUCGUGUCAACUUCUGCAAGGCCCAUCUCAUGAUGAUCACCUGUUUUGACAUCACCUCUAGACGCCGAUAAAGUAUGAACCUCAAGAGAACUUCAGUGUGCAUCUCUACCAUCCUCCUUUUCCCAUCUGAAUAGCAUCCCAAAGACAACAGAAUGAGGAUGAAGGUUGGAGUCAAGUCUAAACUGUGUGUAUGAGAGAUUUGCUAUACUAUACAGAAGAGUAAUAUUAAAACCAAGGAUGAGCAUGGAAAAAUGGCGAUAAAAAGGUUGAUUCUCUUAGCCUAAAAGAGCACUUUGAGGAACCUUUAAGGACAUGUCUGUAAAUAAGAACUGCUGGCAGAAGACGCUUCUUUCCCUGCACUAGCUGAGGGAGGAGGAAAGGUGGUUGUAGGACUUCACUGAGAGGUUCAUUAAAAGAAAACCUAUCCAGAAAAACUGUUCAAGUGCCUUGCAAAUCUUUAUUAUCCAAACAUUUAUGUUCAUACUUUAUUGUGUACAGAUGGUGCUAGUCAAGAAAAGAAAAAGAAAAAAAAAACAAACACACUUUUGAAACGUAUUUACAGCUUGUUUUUCUCUUGGUGUUUUCUCCUAUUUCAGACUUGCUGUUUCUAAGUAACUUGUGUUUGUAGAGAUAUUUCCUAAUCAGUACAACAUAUGAGUAAAUGUUAACUGUCUUUACUUGUUACCAGAGUAAGGCCACUCAAAGAGAAAUGCAACUUUCCUAGAUGACACAAAAAAUAUUUCUAGCAGUGAGUAAAGUUUGCUUAUAUGUUCUUCUGUUAUCUUACAUGCUGGAGGACACAGUAAUUUUCCCAACCUGUAGAUUCUGCAGUGUAUGAGAGAGGAGAGAUGACAUUACUGUGAAGUAAAUAUCUUUUCCAUUUGAUCCAACUCCCAUCAAUUGUUUGCUUGUUUGGUUUCACGUAUUUUUAGCUUCAUCCUGGCUGGAGUUCUGAAUGAGGAGGCACUUUUACCAUAACCUGUUUUCUGGUGCUAAAACUUGCUGGAAAAUUACACUUUAGGCUGAGGGAUCCCAUGCUUAUCAGUCAGAAAAUGAGUGAUUUGUCCUAUCUUUCUUUCUUGAGACCAUGACAAAAUUUAGCUUUGCUUCUUUUUGAAAUACACUGCUGCAAACAUGUUUUGGCAGCUUUUGAUCCCUAGCCAGUCUGUCCAUAGUCACAGACGUACCUGAGAAGUGCAGGCUCUGCUCAGCUCAGCACAUCUGGAACUAAGUGGGAGUCAUGAGUGAGGGGAUAUAGCACUUCAGGCAUGUUGGCUAUGGCAUGUUCUUUACCAGCCCUCCAGUACUGAAGCUAUGGCAAAAUUCACAUUGACGUCAAAAGGACAAGGGUCUGCAUCACAAUGCAUAUCCAAAUAUUCUACUUGUUUGCCUCUUUAAUUAUGAAACAGUAUGUGGGAAGGAACUUCCUUUGUAUUUCUUAAAGAAAUGUGUGAAAUCUGUAUUUUAAUUAUGUAUAAACAUAAGAAAUUAUUUUGUUGAAUUAGGUUUCUUCUUCCAUAUUGAAAUAAGCUUUUUCACAAAAAUUCCUCUCUCACAUACAGUUGUGCUACCUUUUUGUUGCUUAUGAGAAAACAAGAGCAUCAUUUAACAUAUACUCAACAUGCACCAGUUUACUGCUCUAUUUGAAUGCAACUCUUCUUUUAUGUGACCAUCAUAUUAAUGCCAUCUUUCUUACACUAUCCUAAGCACCAGGUCCCAGUGGGAAAACCAUCCAAGAAUAUCCUUAGACUUUCUAGUGUCUAGCUGAAACA